AUGCCAGUCACCAUCGGUCACGCCGCGCUGGAGGCCAACGGAGAGUUACCGCCGGCGGGUCUCUCCACCAAUCCCAGCCCUUCCAGCGAGAGCGGAAGCGCCCGCUCCUUCAAGCCCGUCCGCACGAAGGAGCCGCGCAAAUCCGUGGGGAGUUUCACGGAGAGCGUUGGUGUCAGCGGGAUUGCGGUUUACGUGGGGCCCAAGAUGCAACUGUUCCGCGUGACCAGGGCGCUGCUCAUGAAGAUCCCCUUUUUCCGCAAGCAGCUGGAGGCCUCCAUGCCAGAUGGCAAGCUGCAGGCGCCAGAGGAGGCAUCGGAGGACGAGGAGGUGUCGUUCAUGCUGGACUGUGAUGAGGCCACCUUCUCCCGCGUGCUCACUGUCGUGCAGUACCACAGCCUCGAGGCCCUCCCCUGGAUGAACGAUGAGGAUUUCUUCCGCCUGCGCUCGGAGCUCGACUUCCUCGGCAUCACUCUGCCGCCCGGCUCGCCCUGGCACCACCUCCCCUGGAAGGACGAGCGCAAGGCUGCCGCCGCCUCUGCCGCUGCUGCUGCUGCCCGCCGCCGCUUCUGGCAUUCUCAACCCCGCUGCUGCUGCUCUUGCUGCUGGAUACACGUCUAUGCGCGGUCCAUGGUGCGGCGGAGUGUGGUGGUGGGGGGUGCGGGGCAUGAGACGCCUCCGGGAGCGGGAGGGGCGGCAGGGGGAGGUGCGGGAGGAGCAGGCGGGGCGAAAUCGCUGGUGGAGGAGGACAGGCUGGACGUGGUGUACCGGCACGGCAGCGACACAGCAGCGGCAUGCACGUGCUUCGGCACCAAGGAGGCGGACGGCCACUCGCACUGGGUGGUGUCGCUCUUUCACGGCCAUGUCUUCUGCGCCUUCUGUGGCCGGCCACCCGCGUGGCAUCCAAAGCUCUUUGCCGACGUCUUCCUGCUCGCCGCGCUCCCUCCCGCGCCCACCCAGAGGGGAGCGAAUGCAUUUGUGGGAGGGUGGUACUACCACGGCCGCUCCAGCACGCGCCUGGUGAAGCUGCACUGCGUGGCCGGCGCCAGCUGCACUGCCUGCAGAGCUAGCAUCUGGGGAGUAAGCAUCGAGCACAAGCAUGCCUUCUGUCUACAGUGCAAAGCUACACCCACCAAGCCAGCUAUCAUCGCAAAACUCUUUGUGGAAGCCUUGUGCCAGCCUAAGUAG